CGUCAGCACUAGACGCCGCCUGGAGUCGCGCGGGAGCCGAGGCGGUGACUGCACGGCGGCCCCCCCCCCCGUGACCCAGCGAGAGAGGCGAGAGACGAGAGGGAAGUCGUUCAUCUCCCGUGCUCCUUCCCGCUCAGCGGAGCCAUGGCGCUUCCCACCGAGGCGAGCGUCAAGAAGCUGCUGAGCAAGUACAAGUACAAGGACAUGACAACCAAAGAUGUCAUGAACGUAAUUGCAGUUUAUAAGGAUUUGAAGCCAGUUGUUGACAUGCAUGUGUUCAAUGAUGGCACAGCAAGGGAACUUGUAUGUCUCAAUGGAACCAUACCUGUAAACUACAGAGGAAGCAUCUACAACAUUCCUGUGCAACUCUGGCUGUUUGACACACAUCCAUACAACCCUCCCAUCUGCUUUGUGAAGCCCACAAGCACGAUGUUGAUUAAGCAGGGAAAACACGUGGAUACCAAUGGCCGUGUGUACCUGCCCUAUCUACACGAGUGGAAAGCUAAUGCGUCGGACUUGGUGGGCCUGAUCCAGGUGAUGCUGGUGGUGUUUGGGGAAGAGCCGCCUGUGUUCUCUCGCCCCUCCGCUGGCCAGGCCGUGGCCCCCAUGGGCCCUUUCAACCAGGGCUACCCUUUGUACCCAGCAGCUGGACCGCCCAUGGGACCCUAUGUGCCAGGAGCAGGCGCCUACCCAUACCAGCCGACAGCCAAUGCCAACUAUCCUUACCCAUACUCUGGAGGCUCUGCGUAUCCAGCCCCACCACCAGUCCAACCCCAAACCAGCCAACCACAUUACGGCGGUCAGCCAGUUCCUGGAACGUCUGCCAUGUCCAGGGACGGCACCAUCUCGGAGGAGCACAUCCGCGCGUCGUUGGUGUCGGCCAUCACUGACAAGUUGCGCUGGCGCCUGAACGAGGAGGUGAGCCGCGCGCAGGCGGAGCUGGAGGCGCUGCGGCGCACCGAGGAGGAGUUGCGCAAUGGGCAGCGAUCGCUGCAGGAUAUGGCCGGACGCAUCACCCGCGAGAUUGGUGAUGUAGAUCAAAACAUUGAUCUGCUGAAGAAGAAGGAUGAAGAAAUCACAUCAGCUCUAGAAAAGAUGGAGUCCCAGUCAGAAUCGAGUAACAUUGACGAGGCUGUGGUGACAACGGCACCGCUGUACAAGCAGAUCUUGAACCUGUACGCAGAGGAGAACGCCAUUGAAGACACCAUAUUCUAUCUGGGAGAAGCGCUGCGCCAGGGAGUCAUUGAUUUGGACGUGUUCCUGAAGCAUGUGCGCCUGCUCGCCAGAAAGCAGUUCCAGUUGAGAGCACUCAUGCAGAAGGCCAGGAAGACCGCCUGCCUCACAGACCACUACUGACACGGAUAUUUGGGUUUACCUCUGUUGAACUCAUUCCCUCCCCCUUCGCUAAUUGUACCAAACCACAGCGUCUACGGACAGUAUUUCCAUUGUCGAGUCUGCUGACAGUGCCCUACGGUGUCGCUUAUGGAUCAAAUAAAAUGUAAUAACUUUUGGUUCGUAGGACAUAUUUUGGAACAAAAAUAUUCACGUUUAACAUUGGCCUAAAGAAUUAGUAUAUGUAAUUAUCAUGUUCUGAGUAGGGUCUCUUUAAGCUCAGAGAUAUGGUGACUCAUGGACUGUGAAAUAAAAACAAGCUGGUGUAUGUAUAUGGUGUCGCGAAUGAAGAUACUUAAUGUUGUUUUAAAGAGUUUGCUUGGUAAUAUACGUAGUUGAUAUGCAAAAUUCAUUUGUUGUAUAUUUUUCCCCUAAACCUGUGUCCGCAAGCGAGGAUUUGCUACCUUUUCAAUGUUUUCCUGUUCCAGAAUAGUGCCAGUACACUAAUGAUGCAACCCGUUCAGCUUAAAAGACUGGUUAGUGGUUACGUUUAUUUUUUUGUUAUUUCGAUCUGUGCUUCGUUACUGUAAUCAACAAUGCGUGCAGCGGGUGCG